AUGGCUGUGCAGAAACAACAUUACUGCCAAGAAAUGUACAACGGUUUCAAGAUGACGCUUGCAGAAUGUGUCCGCACAAUGGUUCUGCCCCAUCUCAUGCACAAGCAAAAUGACAGCUUUUUCAGAGAGCUUGUGAAAAUGUGGUCAAACUAUUGCAUCAUGAUUAGAUGUGUAACUGGCUUCUUCAGCUAUUUGGACCGCUGCUAUGUGGAGCAGUACAAACUACCAUCACUUAGUGACACUGCUGCUACUUCUUUCUUUGGUCCGGUCUUUUCCUACUUCAAUGAUGAAGCAAGAACUGCUCUUCUUACUCUGAUCCAACAAGAACGUGAUGGAAGCAUGAUGGAUUCGAGCCUUCGGGAUGUUAUGCAUGGCAUAUGUUGUUCUGAAGUCAAAUCCAUAAUGCAAAAUGCUUUUCUUGAUGAAACAUAUGGCUACUACUCCAUGAGAAGUUCUGAAUGGAUUAGGCACUACUCUUUGCCAGAUUACCUUGCUAAGGUUGAGGAAAGUAUGGAAAUGGAAACCAAGAGGCUGGCUUACUAUCUCGAAAUUUCAAGUGGGGACAGCUACCCGCUCUGUUUGCAGGCUGUUAAUGCUCCAUUGAUGGAAACUUAUGUCAAUUACGUGACAGAGAAACAAAUCGGUGGUCAGCUGAUGCUUGAAACGUACAAGACUGUUGAGGAGGAACUGCUUGGCAGAUGCAGUAGCUUGACACUUGGUUGA